UAUUCCACCCGCCUACUUGCCCCGGAAGUGUAAGAGUCGCGAGGUCCGAGCCGCCGUCUGGAGGGCAAAGCGUCCUGAGGAAGGACCGAAGGCGCCGCGAAGAUGGGCCGCGAGUUCGGGAAUCUGAUCCGAGUGAGGCACAUCAUUUCCUACAGCCUCUCUCCGUUUGAACAGAGAGCCUUCCCCAGCUACUUCACCAAGGGCAUCCCGAACGUGAUUCGCAGGACUCAGGACAGCAUUCUGCGGGUCGCCCCUCCAUUUAUAGGCUUAUACUUCCUCUAUACCUGGGGAACGCAGGAGUUUGAGAAAUCAAAGAGGAAGAAGCCAGCUGAUUUUGAAGAAAACAAAUAAGCAACACAGAGGAAAGUACAACAGUCUUGGUUCCUUGGAGGUCAGCUUUUGUGAUUCCAAUAGAAGAAGAGUGUAUAAAAUAGUUUGAAGAUGCAAUAAACUUGACAUUUCACAAACUGUAA